UUUCGUCUGAGAGCUUUGACGACACCUGGUAACACCGCAACAAAACAAAAACUGGAUGCCUUUUAAAGAAAUUCCUUGAGAUUCCUUUGUUAUAAAUUCCGAAGAUGGACUGGUACGUGGGUACGGAGUGGGAGGACAAAAGUCGGGGCCUGACCAAGAAGGUACUUUCCCUUCAGUUCACGGAGUUGGAGAAGCCCACGACGGUCAGCACGGUGGAGUUCAGCGUCACCAAGAAGACUGCUAAUUUGGGAGGACGACCCAGCAAGUACUUGGCCAACAAUGAGGCCAAGCACACUCUUGAGAUGGGGACAUCACUCACCGCAGUGGACUGCUACUUGGAGCUUCUACUCCAGCAAUUUGUGCCCGGCGAGACAUCUGCCUGCAGCAUUACGACCAAAACCGGCGAACGAAUCGAGUUUGAGCUGAAGUUGGAGAGGAUUGUAAGGAACACGCAGGUUGAGAAACUGAACGCAGCCGAGAUUUACGACCUGGCUCUUCGCCUCAAAGAGAGCGGCGUGGCCAUUUUUAAAGCCUUCCCGAAAUUUGCCUUUGAUUACUUUGCGCGGGCUGCAAAGUUGUUGAUCACCUACAAACCAUUCAACCAACUGACUAAAAAGGACAAUGGCAUUAACGGCCAGGAAGUGGAGACGCUUUUCAUUCAGAUACAAACCAACUUGGCGGCCUGCCUGCUGCAGGAGAAGCGGUAUGAGCACGUCAUCUACCACACACAGUUUGUUGAGACGGAGGAGAGUCCCAGCGAGAAGAGCAUCUAUCGGCGGGCAUUAGCUUAUUAUCACCUAAAGGAGUUUGCCAAGGCGCAGGCUACCAUCGAGCGGAUGCCCAACUACGAGGAGAAGCGAGAGUUCAGCAAGCUGCGCGACAACAUUGCAGCCAGCUGGAAAGACAGCAACGCCCACUACAAGGAGGUGGUGCAGCGUAUGUUCAGCUAGUUCCCAUUAAUAAGAUCUUGAUGUCAGGCUAACAGAUGGUUUUUAUAAAAUAGCUUAUGUUUAAUGUA